AUCCGAACCUACUUACUUCACGGCGGUGUAUCUAGCCCCGCCCAAGGCUUGCAUCUUCCAGGGGUGGGCCACGAUCGCAGGCGUGUAAGGGCCCUAAUAUCGUUCUCGCCCAUGGCAUCCGGGGGCCCAAAAAUGCCUAGGUUUUAGCGGUUGGGGGGGCUCGCGGACAGUGCUCGUAUCUUCACAAGGCAUGCGGUGGGCGGUGUCGCGUACCUGGCGGUUGCAGUGGCGGUGGCGUUCCAGCUUCGCGGCUGGGGACGUUCCAUUGCGGCGCUGCUGUCGCGGGGCGGAAAGCACAAGGACAAGCACGCCCAUGCAAAGCCCGCUGUGCCUGCGCAACGCACCCGAGUGCGGCUUCGUGCACGCGGACAGCAUCUGUGUGGCGGCGGCGGAAAGCACAAGGACAAGCACGCCCAUGCAAAGCCCGGCGUCAACAAGGGCCGGCAGCUGAAGACCAAGGCGCGGUCCAACAGCAGAAAGGCCCCACGUCCCCGCUGCUCCUUGCCGCCCCGCCGCCGCGCAGCUGUGCCUGCGCAACGCACCCGAGUGCGCCUUCGUGCACGCGGACAGCAUCUGUGUGGCGGCGUGCUUUGGCUGCGCGCAGCAGCUGGCAGCCCCGGCCGGCGGUGCAGCGGCGGCAGCGCCCCUGUGCUGCCCCUUCUGCUCCAAGGCCAUCGUGAGCGUCCUGGCGGUCCACACGGCGGAGCAGUAGCAGGUGCAGUAGCAGUAGCAGGUGCGAUAAUUGAGGUGUGGGUACUACCGCCGAAGGGAGGCCAGCAGCAGCUGAGACAGCGUGCGAUGAUGCAGCCUCGCAGCGUCGAGAGGUUGGCUUACCCAAAGGCUGGUUGGGAACGCGGAGUGUGGAUCAUGAGCAGGCCCGAGACACUGAAUGAUUGGGAUGCUAGACGGGCGAAACGCUCGCAUGUUCGGCCAUCAUGGCCUUGCCAACUGGAUUGCAUGACGGGCAAGCUUUAUCCAGAAACUAAUGUAUGUCAUGGGGUAGAGUGAUAGGUUGCAUCAUCCUGCAUGAAACGGACGCUGCGCGGUGACCACACAGAAUCUAUUCUUUUGUUCUGAGUCAGGCUGUGUUACAAUGGACAUGACCGAGGGCAAAAGGCGGAGGAGUGAGGGGUGUGUCGAGUCCACUCUGCGAGAGCGUGCAUCCAGCAGCCAGCAGCGAUUGUUGCGGAGUCCUGUGUGCGCAUGGGGUCCGAUCGGGGCAUGCUGCAGUGCACACGGUCGUGAGGCGUUGGUCACUUGGCAGCAGCUGGCAGCCCCGGCUGGCGGUGCAGCGGCGGCGGCCCCCCUGUGCUGCCCCUUCUGCUCCAAGGCCAUCAUUAGCGUCCUGGCAGUCCACGCAGUGGCGCAGUAGUGGCGCAGUAGCAGUAGCAGGUGCGACAAUUGAGGUGUGGGGACUACCGCCGAAGGGAGGCCAGCAGCAGCUGAGACAGCGUGCGAUGAUGCAGCCUCGCAGCGUCGAGAGGUUGGCUUACCCGAAGGCUGGUUGGGAACGCGGAGUGUGGAUCAUGAGCAGGCCCGAGACCAGGGGAGACACUGAUUGACUGGGAUGCUAGGCGGGCGAAACGCUCGCAUGUUCGGCCGUCAUGGCCUUGCCAACUGGAUUGCAUGACUUGGCAAGCUUUAUUCAGAAACUCAUUGACGUCACGGGGUAGAGUGAUAGGUUGCAUCAUCCUGCAUGAAACGGACGCUGCGCGGUGACCACACAGAGUCUGUACUUUAUUCUGAGUCGGGCUGUGUUACAAUGGACAUGAGGGCAAAUGUUCCGGAGUCCUGUGUGCGCAUGGGGUCCGAUCGGGGCAUGCUGCAGUGCACACGGUCGUGAGGCGUGGCCACUUGGCCGCGAUUGCGGCGCUGGGUGACGGCUGCGUAGGGUUGGCCGUGGCUGGGCGAUCGGUGUGGUAUCAGGGACUUGGCCUAAGCAAUGCACCGACAGGCGCGGGCAUGUACGGGUGUGCGUGGGCUGAGUCAAUCUUAUAGGUGGGGCAGGGUGCACCUCGUUCGGUGCCGUACGGGGUCUGAAGUGAGACGGCGGUAGCGGGCGGCCACGAAGUGGCGUGGCGCACUGGGGGUCCGUACUCCGCAGUGACCAUGAGUAGGUGGAACACGGGGCCCACGGAGGGGCGGCAGGGGCCCCCACGCGCUUCGAAACCUUGCCCUUGCCUGUGAGUUUCGUACUGCGUACCGUACAGCAUUACGGUGGUAAGAUACGGUGCCGGUAUUGUGGACCUCUGCAACCCCUGAAACUGACGUGCCAGCUACGUCCGGUAAAGCUGCGCAACUGGAUGAGCGGAAGAUAAGGUCCGGGUCC